CAGGGUCCUCUGUCCCCCCAAGUGUCCCCAACACCUGUGUCCCCCCAGCCUUAUGGGAAGCCACGCGGGUGCUGAUGCUGCUCUCGGUGCUCACCGCCGCUGCCGGCCUCGCCUUGGGGCUCUCUGUUGUGGCCAGUGGUGCCCGGCGGGCGCGUGCCCGGGGGGCCGGUGUCACCCUGCUCCUGGCUGGUCUGCUGGCACUGCUGGGGCUGGCGGUGUACACGGCCGGCACGCUGAGCCUCCUGGGGCCGACCCGUGCCACCUGGCGCUUCUCCUGGUCCUACAUCCUGGGCUGGGGUCGCAGUCGUCCUCACCGGCUCAGCAGGGCUUUUCCACCUCUGUGCUGCUGCCAAGGACCCGUCUCCAGAGAGCUCCGAAGCGGCGGGUGCCUGAGGGCACCUGGGGGGCCCCCGCUGCCACCCCCCCCUCCUCCCCGCAGGAGCCGGGUCGGGGCACGCCGGGGUGCGGGGCACUGCUGUGCUGAGUUGUGUCGGGUCUCUGCAGGGCUGAGCUCCCCCUGCUCUCCUGCCCCCACCCGUUUUGUCCCCUUUACUACCCCCUGAAUCCUGCUGUGCCAAUAA